UGGCUCGCGAGGUUUUUGGGUUUCACCCGGGGGUCCCGUUCACGUGCGGCCAUGUCGUUCCGACCGGAGAAGGGCGAGGCCAGUGAUGCGUCCGACAGCGAGGAUGAGUAUGUGAGGAGGGCCAACCGGCUUGUUGCCAGGUGGUCGGGCACGCGCCAGAGCGUGCCGGACCGGUCCCAGCUCCAAGGCGAGGUGCGGCGCAGGGCCGAUGACGCCCCCAGGUGCCGGGUGGAGGUGCUGGGCCGCCACAUCCUGGAGCCGCAGAGGGAGGUGCCUGUCAUGGACCGGUGCGAGGUGCUGGUGGUGGGUGCCGGCCCGGCAGGCCUCUCCGCCGCCCUGAGCGCGCGCCGCGCGGGUGCGGACGUGCUGCUGCUGGAGCGCUACGGCUGCUUCGGAGGCACCAUCACGACGGUGGGCAUGGAGACCCUCGGAUGGUACAGAUACGAGGGCACGGAGGACUGCGAGGGCAUCGGCCGGGAGAUGGAGCGGGUGGCGGAGCGUAUGGGGGGCACCACCAAGUGGCCCUACAACGACUCCGACUGCCUCGACGCCGAGAAGUUCAAGCUGGUGGCCGAUACGCUCAUCAAGGAGUCGGGAGUUCGCCCUCUGCUUCAUAUCUGGGUGGUUGAGGUCCUGGUGAACUCUGAGAACAAUAUCUACGGGGUCAUCACGGAAUCCAAAAGCGGGCGCCAAGCCAUUCUGGCGUCGCGGGUGGUCGACUGCACAGGAGAUGCAGACAUCGCCCACCUGGCCGGCUGCGAGUAUUCUGUCAUGGACAAGAGCAAUGGGAUGGGAGUGACUACAGUCUUCAACGCGGUGAACGUGGACGUGGGGAAGUUCAAGGACUACACCGCGAGGAACCCGGCGACCUACAAGGACUGGAGCCGCACCUGGCAGCAGACCACCUCCGGCAAGGAGGAGAAUUUGAAGUCUCCCUACCUUCAGAGCGAGUUCGAAAAGGCAGCGCAGGCAGGGGUGAUCCCACAGGACAAGCUGCGGCACUUCGGGGGGUCCUGGUCUGCCCUCUCGGAGGCCGGAGAGGCCACCAACCUGAACCUGGUGCACCAGAAAGGUGUAGAUCCAACCUGCGUCAGGAGCCUCACCAACGCAGAGAUGGAGGGCCGCCAGAACGUGGUGCACGCGCUGGACGCGCUCCGGCACACCGUGCCAGGCUUCGAGAACGCGAAGCUGCGGAACUUCGCCAUGACGGUGGGCACCAGAGACUCCAGGAAGAUCAUGGGGACAUACAACCUCACAGGUGAGGAUGUAUGCAACCAAGCGCGCUUUGAAGACGCGGUGGGCAUUUUCCCGGAGUUCAUCGAUGGCUACAACAUCCUCAUCCUGCCCACCACGGGGCGCUUCUUCCAGGUGCCCUUCGGGUGCAUGGUGCCCAAGACGGGCCCGGACAACUUGCUGGUGGCCGGGCGUUCUGUGGCUGGGGACCGGGUCUCCCACGCCGCCAUGCGCAACAUGAUGGCGUGCACCGUGACGGGCCAAGCCGCCGGCGUGGCGGCGGCGGUGUCGAUCCAGCAGAAGCGCCGCACGAGGGAGGUCGACAUCACCCAUGUACAGAAAGAGCUUCGAAGGCAGGGCGUGCGCCUCGGUUGAGGUGGGCCAGUGGUCCAAUUGGCCCGUGUGUGGUUUUUGUGCGGCGCGGGCGGGGGGGAAAGCUCCUGCCCAGUGGAUGGCACGGGCUGCGCGGGAGCAUGGAAGACGCCUU